AUGAUCCUGGCAGUUCCAGAAGAGACAAAUUUUGCGAGAUUUCGACAAGAUGACAAUCAAAAUUUGACUUAUAUUCGUGGACCAGCGAUUGAUAUUAUGUCUUCUGUAUCAGAAUCUUUAAAUUUUAAGCUUGUGUUUACCAAAUGCAUAUCUAGAGAUUGCAUGAAUUACCAGAUGGAACAAAAGUAUCAAAUUUAUAAUGUUUUAUUGACAUAUGCAUUAGAUGCAAAAGGAUUGAGUGACGCAAGUGGUAUGGGAUGGCUGGGUGUUAUGCUUAAUAUUGAUUGUACCCCACAACUUUAUGUACCACCUGGUGACCUUUAUACAUCAUUUGAAAAGAUUUUACUUCCAUUCGAUAAAGAAACAUGGAUUGGAUUAGCAAUCACUUUUACAUCAGCUGUUCCUACAGUUUUCAUGACAAGUAGAUUAUCGAGCAGCAUGAAACACUUUAUCUGUGGCUCAGGAAUCAAGACGCCAAUUUUGAAUAUAUUUCGAGCCUUUUUUGGAAUCGGACAAACUCAACUUCCAGAUAGAAUUUGUGCUCGAAUUAUUUUUAUGUCAUUUGUGUUGUGGUGUUUGGUUAUUAGGACAGCUUAUCAGGGAAAGUUGUUUGAGUUUAUAACAACAGCUGUUCGAAAGCCUCAAUUAAAAAGCUUAGCUGAAUUGCGAAAGAGAAACUUCACGCUUUAUGUAGGAGCUAAUGAGCUUGAAAAUUCAAUGAUCGAUACAAUGAAGCAGAUUUUUGAGUAA